AAUGUUCAGCGCAGUGUUUGAGGAGAGCGUUGUUUUGAUGUCUAUUUUUUGUAGUCGUGGUAAUGGUUUGGGCGUUUUAAAAAUUUAUGUACUUUAACCGGUUGUGCGUUUUAUGGGUGUCAAUGCGCGUUUAGUUGAUGAUUCGUCAGAAAUGGUAAAAUUAGGCAAGAGAAGCUGGAAAACGCAUUUAUUGAAACCAUUAUCUUGGACUACUAACGUCAAAACAAAGCAACCAAAUACGUGUUGGGUACAACUAUCUGGCCAUCCAGGCAGUCUAAUAUCUAAUGGUAAAGGAAGUGUUUUAAAACGUUAUUGCCAAAGUGAAGCCCAAUGUUUGAUGCAGCUCCAGCUAGAUAUACUCAGAUCAUUCGUCCCCAAGUAUCAAGGCGAGAAGCUACUCGAUGGUGAACGUUAUGUAAAAAUGCAGGAUUUGUUGUACUAUUUUAAGUCACCGUCGGUAAUGGACUGCAAGAUUGGACAACGUACUUAUUCAGAAAGUGAAGCUAUCACAGACUCUUCGGAAAAUAUUCGAGAAGAUCUCUACUUGAAAAUGAUGUCUACUUCACCUAACGCACCAACUGAAAGAGAACAUUGUGAAAAAGGUGUUUCAAAACUACGCUAUUUGCAGUGGCGUGAUACAAUUAGCUCAACGGCUGAGUAUGGUUUUCGCAUUGAAGCAAUCAAGACUCCUGGUGAAUCCACUCGACGAGAUUUUCAACACACUCAUACAUGGAAUGAAAUAACAAAUCACUUUAAAUUAUUCAUACAAUGUCGUAAAAUAAUUGCUCAAAACUAUUUAAUCCGAUUAUUGAAGUUGAGAACUAUUUUGGAGGUCUCCGAUUUCUUCGCUAAACAUGAGUUUAUCGGCUCUUCAUUAUUGUUUGUUCAUGAUGAAUCAGGCUAUGCUAAUAUCUGGUUAAUUGAUUUCGCUAAAAUAGCUAGUCCAUCUAACAAUCAAAUACGUGUGAAUCAUCGUUCUGCAUGGCGAUUUGGCAAUUAUGAAGAUGGUUACUUAAUUGGAAUAGAUAAUUUAGUGAAAUUAUUUGAAGAAAUUAUUCAUGAAUGUCAUUAGUUGAAUAUUUCGUGGAUUGUUGUUCCCUUUCUAUGUAAUUUUCCAUUUGCACAUCUCUACGAGUGUUUAUAUCUCUGUACUCAGAAGAAUGCCACGAUCUAUAUCCGGUCUAUUAUAAGAUAUAUACAUUUCCCACUUUUUACAACGUCUUCGUAGAACUAAAUGAUUUUUCCAUUGAACAGCCGUCGUUCUGUAUAUUGAUUCAAUAAUGGCUAAUUUUUUUUCAUUUUGUGUUUGCGUAGUUCUUCCUGAUCCUACACUUUUUGAUCACAACAGAACAUUACAAAAUAAUGAUAGAUCACUGGGAAAGACAUUUAUUUGUUCCUUUUUUUUUCUAUGUUAUCGUGGUUUUUUUAAAUUGACUUCUGAAAGCUGAAACUCUGUACAACGGUUCCAAUCUCUUUUUUUUUCUACUUGUGAUUUAGAAGCAUAUUUUUGAUAAAUGAGAUAGUUUUUUUUUAUUAUUAAAUGUUCCAUCAUCAAAUGAAUUUCGCCACAUUUAUUUUUUUCUACAACUAUUUUUCUCUUUGACAGAGUACUAAUAUUUUCAAUAUUGAUUUGUAAUUUAACAAUAGUGUUCCAAUUUCAAACACAUUCCAACUAUGCCAAUUUGUAUGAUUAUAAAAUGUUGUGGAAUGUUUUAUAGUUUUCUG